AUGACAGUGAUCGACAGCCAAGUGCGAUUCGGUUACACAACACCGAUGCUGGGGGAAGAUCGGUUCGCUUUCCGGCACAAGGAGCUAGCCUCGGUUUGCUCAUUGACGAAGCUACACAUGAUCCUGGAAGGACCCGUUCGUAACAUUGGAUCCCCCGCGUUCGAUCUCCAGAUUGUCGUCUUGUCAUCUCACUGA